AUGUCUUGCUGUAAGGAAACCGUUGCUAAGAUGAGCUGCGAAAAAAUAUGCAAUAAACCAGGGUGUGAGUGCAUUCCAACCGAAGGCAAGGCCUGUGUAUGUCUUUGCACCGACAAGGAAGGGAAGAUAAUUCGCUGCAACGAUUGUAAGUGCAACAACUCUUGCGACAAAUCUGGUUGCGAGUGUGUUCCGACUGGAGGGAAGGCUUGCAUCUGCGUCUGUACUGAUGGAAAAGGAGGCUUUAAGGUUUGCGACGACUGUACUUGCAGCGGAGAAGGCCCCAAGUGUGACAAGGCAGGGUGCGAGUGCAUUCCAACUGGUGGAAAAGCUUGUGUGUGUCUUUGCACUGAUAAGGAAGGGAAGAUAAUUCGUUGCGAUGAUUGUAAGUGUAACAACACUUGCGAUAAGUCUGGUUGCAAGUGUGUUCCGACUGGAGGGAAGGCUUGCAUCUGCGUGUGUACUGAUGGAAAAGGAGGCUUGAAGGUCUGUGACGACUGUACUUGUAGCGGUGAAGGCCCCAAGUGUGACAAGGCAGGGUGCGAGUGCAUUCCAACUGGUGGAAAAGCUUGUGUGUGUCUUUGCACUGAUAAGGAAGGGAAGAUAAUUCGUUGCGAUGAUUGUAAGUGUAACAACACUUGCGAUAAGUCUGGUUGCAAGUGUGUUCCGACUGGAGGGAAGGCUUGCAUCUGCGUGUGUACUGAUGGAAAAGGAGGCUUGAAGGUCUGUGACGACUGUACUUGUAGCGGUGAAGGCCCCAAGUGUGACAAGGCAGGGUGCGAGUGCAUUCCAACUGGUGGAAAAGCUUGUGUGUGUCUUUGCACUGAUAAGGAAGGGAAGAUAAUUCGUUGCGAUGAUUGUAAGUGUAACAACACUUGCGAUAAGUCUGGUUGCGAGUGUGUUCCAACUGGAGGGAAGGCUUGCAUCUGCGUGUGUACUGAUGGAAAAGGAGGCUUGAAGGUCUGUGACGACUGUACUUGUAGCGGUGAAGGCCCCAAGUGUGACAAGGCAGGGUGCGAGUGCAUUCCAACUGGUGGAAAAGCUUGUGUGUGUCUUUGCACUGAUAAGGAAGGGAAGAUAAUUCGUUGCGAUGAUUGUAAGUGUAACAACACUUGCGAUAAGUCUGGUUGCGAGUGUGUUCCAACUGGAGGGAAGGCUUGCAUCUGCGUGUGUACUGAUGGAAAAGGAGGCUUGAAGGUCUGUGACGACUGUACUUGCAGCGGAGAAGGCCCCAAGUGUGACAAGGCAGGGUGCGAGUGCAUUCCAACUGGUGGAAAAGCUUGUGUGUGUCUUUGCACUGAUAAGGAAGGGAAGAUAAUUCGUUGCGAUGAUUGUAAGUGUAACAACACUUGCGAUAAGUCUGGUUGCGAGUGUGUUCCAACUGGAGGGAAGGCUUGCAUCUGCGUGUGUACUGAUGGAAAAGGAGGCUUUAAGGUCUGUGGGGAUUGUACUUGUAGCGGAGAAGGCCCCAAGUGUGACAAGGCAGGGUGCGAGUGCAUUCCAACUGGUGGAAAAGCUUGUGUGUGUCUUUGCACUGAUAAGGAAGGGAAAAUAAUUCGCUGUGACGAUUGUAACUGUAACAACACUUGCGAAAAGUCUGGAUGCGAGUGUGUUCCAACUGGAGGGAAGGCUUGCAUCUGCGUCUGUACUGAUGGAAAAGGGGGUAUGAAGGUUUGCGACGACUGUACUUGUAGCGAGGUAAAAUCAUAA